AUGCAGUCCUUCAUGACCACUGCCGAGGGCCUCAGUGGCUCUGUCUUUGGGAAUUUUACCUUCCCUACCUGUAAGUUCCAGCCUCACUGUGAAAGCAUAGACUGGAGGUGCAUUAGCGCCCUGGAUGUGGACCGUGUGGCACGGGAGGUGGACGUGGCCAUCCUGCAGGAGCUCCUCAAUGGUGUCACCUUCUGCAACUUGGACUGGGAGGUGUGCAGCCGCUGUGGGCAGCCUGUGGACCCUGUACUGCUCAAGGUUCUGUGCUUGACACAGCUCAUCAUCGAGUACCUGCUGCACUGCCAGGACUGCCUGAGUGCCAGUGUGGUCCAGCUGGAGGCACGGUUGCAGGCCAGCCUGGAGCAGCAGGAACAUGGCCAGCAGGAGCUGGCCUGCCAGGCUGAUGAGCUCAAGGGCGUGUGGCAGGAGAGCUAUCAGCGUCACAAGUUGAUCGGCACCUUGCAGCAACUGCUUCUGCAGUCAGGCGCCUACAGCUUCCACCCAUGCCACCUGUGUGACAAGACAUUCACGAAUGCCGCCUAUCUCCAGGGCCACAUCCAGCAUAGGCAUGAGGGCACGGCAGAAGGCAAAAAACAGAAAAAUGAGGAAAAACAGCCAGUGGAGAAGGAGUUAGAAGAGCUGCGGGCCAAGCUGAAGUGGACCCAAGGGGAGCUGGAGGCCCGGAGGGACGCUGAGAGGCAGCGGCAGCUCCAGGAAGCAGAGAGCACUCGUCAGAGAGAAAUACAAGCUGAGAAGCUGUUUGAUGAAUGGAAAGAAAAAGAGCUGGUCAAUCUAUAUGGGGAAACAGACAAACAAAAAAAAUUCCUGUGGGAUGAACUUAAAAGUGUUGCCAACGAAACUUACAUGUUAGAAGAGAAACUUCAGGUGCUGCAGUCCCACAGUGUGAGAGAGUCCAACCUCAGGUCACUGCAGGAUGAGGAAUCUGAGGAGCAACUCAGGCGGGCCCAGGUGCUCCAGGCCCUGAAGGAGAAAAUGGAAGUACAGGUGACGGAAUGGAAGAGAAAAAUGAAGGACCUGCAGAGGAAGCACACAGCUCAGAACAGAGAGCUCCAGGAGCAGAACAAGAGGCUCCAGGAGCAGAGGAAAGCUGCUGCCCAGCCUCAGCACCAGACCAAUGCCCUCCGUGCCCAGCUGCAGGAACAAGCCCAGCUCAUCGCCACCCAGGAGGACAUGAUCCAGACCCUGUCUCUCAGGAAGGUGGAGGGGAUCCACGAGGGCCCAAAGGUUGUGGCCACUGAAGAGGACUCUUCUGACCAAGAGCUGGAGGACUCCCGAGAUGGGCUGCAGAAGGUGCUGGCAGCUGUGAGGCAGAACCCCACCUUGCUGAAGCAGUUCAGGCCAGUCCUGGAGGACGCCCUGGAAGAGAAACUGGAAAGCCUGGGGAUAAAGAGAGGUACAAAGGGAAUCCCUACUCAGGUUCUCAGACAACUGGAGCCCAUCCUGAGAGCCCAGCGGGAGAAGGCUAGGUGGUUUCCUAAAUUCUGGAGUCUGAGAGAAAAACUCAUCAAGGAAGUCACCAGCAGGAUGAAAGAGAGAGUGAGGAAUGGGGCCCUGGCAUCCCAGCCAGGUGGCAAGACUCCAGUCAAAAGCCAACGGAACCAAAUGGUUACCAAAGAAUCCCAGCCACAGACCAGGACCCUGCAUGUGGCAGCGCCAUCCAAGCUGGCAGAGCCACCGACAAUGGCUGGUCAGGGUCGCAGCAGCCGUGGCCCUGGCCCGGCCCCUGUGCCCAUCCCUACUCCACACCCCCGAGCUCACGGACCCUCCGGUACCUCUGCUUCCCCAGGGCCUGGGCUGAGUACACCCCCGUUCGGUUCUGAAGAGGACGCGGAGGGAGAUUCCGGGCGGCGGGCGUCUCCUCCACCCCCACGAGUUCCUUCCAAGAUGGGGCCCCAGCCAGAGGACAACGGGGACUGGUCUGACACUGAGACCUCCGAGGGGAGUGUGCAGCCUCCUGGCGAGGAGGGCUCAGGUGGGCUGGCGUCCUCAGGGACACUGGUGCAGUCGAUGGUCAGAAACCUGGAGAAGCAGCUAGAGGCUCCAGCGAAGAAGCCAGCUGGAGGGGUCAGUCUGUUCUUAAUGCCCAACGCUGGGCCACCGAGGGCUGCCAUGCCAGGAAGGAAGCCUCAGCUCUCGGAUGAUGAGAGUGACUUGGAGAUCUCAUCCUUGGAGGAUCUCCCCCAGGACCUGGACCGGAUUGGGAAACCGAGACCUCUGUCUCUCUCAAAGCUCCUGGAGAAGUUUGGCACCAGCCCUCGGGGCCCUGGCCACCCCAGGGUGCUUGGCUGGUGAUCCUGUCCCCAGGUGUGGCUGCGGCCAGCUCAGGGCCCACUCCGGCAGAACAGGCUGCUGGGCUGCUUGUCUUCAGUGAUGGAGAGGUCUUCUCCCUUGGAGAGACAUGGAGCAGAAGAUGGAUGUGAUUUCUCCCCUCCUGCCUCCUACCCUGCCCCAGAGUGCUAGGGGGGCCUGGCUGGGUGUCUUCGGAUCCCACAGCUUGAGCAAGGGUGGUAAUGAGCAGUUUCCUUCCUCCACCUCCUCCGGACUGAAAAGAGCCACUUGGUCUCUAUUCCCCAGUGUUCAGUAAGCCUGUGGGAAUGCUGUGGGGAUGGGUCUUCUGUGUGCCUCCCUGUGUCAUUCGUGGUUGAUCCUGUGCCAAGUCAUCCACCUCUCACGGCCGAGGUGGCGUGCGGGUACGGGUGGAUAGUGCAGAAAGUUUGGGGAGCAAUCUAGUGACAGAGGUUAGUGUGCAUAUUACAGGCUGCCCAGUGCAGCCGGGAGUGGUCUUGGAGAGCUUCCCAGAGUUGACGUCUGGCAGUGUUCACUCUUGGGUAGGUGGGAAGGAAGCCUCAUAGCCACCAAAGGACCACACAUUUAAUUUCUGAUGUUAGGUUAUAAGUAUAACCGCUGUACUUUUUUAAAUGUGAAAAGCAUUAAUUUAUUGUGUGUAAACAUUGAAAUACCGCAUGACUUUUAACUCUCGGGUUUUCUGCAUUAUUCCUAGGGCCUCAGCAGGGGCAGUCAGGGGUGAAACAACUUGCACUCAAUCGUGUCGGUUAAGCCAGAGCACAGAGAUCAAGGGCUGUGUGUGGGACUUGGGGCCAGCCCAGCCCUGGCUGGCUGGGGCGUCAAUUCCCUUUGUGUAUCCCAUACCUCUGAAAGCUGAGAAUGGAGACAGACAGUUCCAGUGGCUGUGUGGGGAGGAGAAGGGGCCACGAGUGGGGAGUGGUGGUGGGGCUUUACCCCCAUUCCAGCAGUCUGCCAACAAAGUCCUGUUUUCCCUUCACCUGGGUUUGGGCAAGGGAUGCAUUAAAGAUGUGAUGCCCCUGGCUAUAUCCCGGUUCCCUGCAGCAUUGAGCAAACUUCCCGUGCCAGGCCCUCACGUCACACACACACGCCCGAGGUCAGUUGUUCGCCUCAGACUUGUUUCUGACACUGAGAGGUGGCACGAUCUGCUUGCAGGAGCCCGGAGGUGUGGGAGAGCAACACUACCAGGGCAGCCCACAUGCAAGGUGGGAUGCGAGUUGGUGAGUAACCAGUCCGGCCCUACCAUGCUGCGGUAGGACAAUUCUGAGGUCUUUCAGGCAGUUUCUCAGAGUCCCCAGUGGGAGUGAAUCCCAGUUACCUACAGCAAUCACUACUUACCAAUGUGCCCUUUACUGGCCUCUCUCCCUCCUGUUCCAUCUUUCUCACUUCUGCUUCUUGGGAGCAUCUCUGAAAUGAAUUAACCUGUACCCAAGUCCUUGCCUCAGGCUCUGCUUUUAAGGGGAACCCAAAUGAAAUAGAUGUGUGUACACAUGUGUCUGCCAUGUACACAUAAACUGGUGAUAAUUACCAAUGAGAAUGACUCUGUUACUGAAUGCUCAUUAUUAAGUUUUAUGUUUCCAUGUGUGUUUAUCUACUUUAGAGACUAACAUAUUAGUUUUGCAUUUCUAUCCUGUUUACUCCUUCCCACAUCCAAAUACAUUUUAAAAACUUUUGGCAAGAUUUAUAAGAACUUUGGAGUGUAUGUACA